AUGGCGAACCUAUCAUGUACCGAUGGUCUUAUUGAUGAAAGAUAUAGCUUCUAUAAACACAUUGAUGAAUAUUUGCAGUAUGAAAAAAAUUGUCCUCAAGGAAAUCAUUAUAAUCAAUAUGAGAAUAAAUGUAAAUUGGGUAUAUCAUAUGAUGAUAGAGAGGAAAAUAUUAUUAGUGCUAUUUGUUUAAGAUUUUAUUGUUUAAUGUAUAACAUUUUGAAAUCAGAUUCUUCGCAAUAUACCCGAAAUGAACAUAUUCAUUUGGAAUACUUGAAGUAUUGGUUAAAUUAUGAAUUACAUAAUAAAAUUGCUGACACUUAUCCAAUUCUAUUCCACAAAUAUAUGAAAAUAAAUAAUCCCAGUAAUCCAUUAGUAUUAAAAUUAGAUAAAAUAUGGGAUAAUAUAGAUGAUGAUGAGUUGGAAAAUAUGAAUUUGUUAUUCUAUUUUUACAUAAACUGUAUUUACAUUAUAAAAUCAGCAACUAAGGUUGAUGCAAACGAUAGUUUUGCUGUGAAAGAUGAUAAUCAUUGUGUUCAAAAAUACCAGGAACUUGAAAUAAAA